GCGGAGCCUGAGUUCUUCUCUCUUCCCCCAGUUCCCUCUUCGGAAGAAGACGUAUCGGUCUAUUAUUUUUAUAUAUUUUUUACAAAAACCCCUUUCUCCAACACGUAGCACCAUGGACGCCAAGAUGGACGAUUAAACUAAAGAACGGGUCCCCGAUUUCACCCCUAUAUUUAUCCUUGAAUUGAGUGGACCGGAUGAAAUCCAACUGUGGUUUUCUCCGCUUCGCAGGGGAGGUAGCUGUAUCCAGCGGGGAGGUAGGCUCAACCAGGGGAAAGAAUGAAGUUCUUCGAACCCUGGGGACGCCAGAGGCUGUCUUUUCUUCUGGAAAAGGCCGCCUCUAGGGAAGCCAAGAUGUGGAAGGUCUACAUGCCAAAGAAGACCUCCUCACAGGAUACAGACGUCUCCUCUGCCCAUCGGGAUGAAGCCGUGCGCUGGUUGAUGGAACUGCACAGCAGACUGAAGCUUUACCCAGAAACCCUGGUGUUAGCUGUUAGCAUCCUGGACCGUUUCCUCGCUUCCAUCAAGGCCCGUCCAAAGUACCUGCGCUGCAUCUCCAUCGCCUGCUUCUUCCUGGCUGCUAAGACCUGUGAGGAGGAUGAGUGUCUGCCCUCUCUGAAAGAGCUAGCUGCCUCCAGCAGCUGCGGCUGUUCUCCAUCAGAGAUCCUGAGGAUGGAGAGGAUCAUCCUGGACAAGCUGAACUGGGAUCUGCACACCGCCACAGCACUGGACUUCUUGCACAUUUUCCAUGCGAUGGUGUUGUCGUGCCGUUCUGGGUUUUUGGACUCCUUGUUGGGACUGAACCCCUCGCAGCACCUCACCCUGCUCACACGGCGACUCUACCACUGUCUGGCCAACCACACACUCUUACAGCUCAGAGGAUCCAUGCUGGCCUUGGCCCUCAUCACCCUGGAGCUGGAGACCUGCUGUCCUGACUGGCUGGCUCUUACCAUAGACCUGCUGAGGAAGGCACAGAUCGACAGCUCCGAGUUGAUUCGGAGUCGAGAGCUGGUGGCUCGUAGUCUGUCCACAUUAAUGGCUUCCCUGCCUCCAAACACUGUCUACAUCUACCAACCCCUGCAGAGCCAAACCGCCCUCCCCUGCUGCACACUGGGGAUCAUCACCUCCACCACAGAGUCUUCCAGGAACCUCGUCCUCGUCACCGCCGCCCCUGCCCAGCUACCGGCACCUGCUGAUGGGGAGGAGGGGAGCCAGCAGCCCUGGAGCUCCUCCUCCUCAGUUCUACACUCUCCUCCCAAACACCUACGCCAUCUUAACCACCGGCAGAAGGUCCCACUGCGCUGCAAGGCAUCCACCAAGCGCAAGGUGGAGGAUAUGGAGGUGGACGACUUUUACGAUGGCAUCAAACGACUCUACAACGAAGACACCGCUGUCCAGGAAGGGGCACCGCCUUUGAUGGGGGUGAUAACAACAGGUGGAGGUGUUGGAGGAGGACUGGGUGUCUGCAGUGUCCUGUUGACUCGACAGGAGGGCAGCUCUUCCCCCUGCCCGCCUCUGCAGCCAGUCAGUGCCUCGUAGAGACCAAACAGGAGCCUGUUUACCAAAACCACCUGAACACUGACAUCAUCUUUCGCUUUCAAAUCAAACUCCUCAAUUCAGUUUUUUGAUCAAACAGUGACAGUUGGGCAGUUUGGCAACAGUGAUGGCCAGCUCCCUCUGCAAUAGGCAACAACGAAGAAAUGAUUCAGUAUUCAGUGUUACCAGUUGCAGAACAAAGCUAUGUAAAGGCAGCUCCUUUGGAAACGCUGCCCAUCACAGUUGGCAAUUGUCCGUUACAUUGCUGCUUUUGAUGAAACGCACAGUAAAAUAAGGAAAUAUUGAUGUUCUAACACAAAUAAAGCAGCGAUUCAGAUGGUUUUGGUUUCAGCGCUAACAACCCCAGCGUGACUGUUCAGCUGUCCUGAGGUCAGGUCCCAUCAUCUCUUGCAACAGGAAAACAGAGCCCAAAAAAAUUUUAAAUAACAAAAAAAGUAAAAAACGUGCUGCUGCUACUUUAUUAAUUAUAUUUGUUGAACUCAAAUACAAUAUUACAAAAAAAAUAAUAAAUAGAAAAGUUACCUAAAAAAAAAAACCUAGAAUGGACUUCUCCACCGUGUCGCUCUCUGUCCAUUUCUGUUUGUUUUGUUUGUCAUUUUAAACUCUUCUUUCAUUUCAUAUAUUUGUUUUUAUUCUAUCAUCUUCCCUUUCCUUCCUCACUCUGCGUGAUUUCAUCUCUAUAACGUUUUCAUAGUCUAAAUCAAAUGUAUAGACGAUUAUCUGUAUUAUUCACCCACAUAGAAAAAGUAUCUAUUUUUUAUUUUUUUGUUAGUGAAGUGCUAUUUUAUUGUUAAUAAGAUGCUAAUAUAAAUAUCCCUCCUAGGAAUCCCUCUGUAUUCUCUCCCCUCUCUUGUUGUGACGGCUUGACUGAAUUAAUGUUUCUCAGGUUGUUUUAUUCAUCUACAAACUUAAAAAAAGGCUCAAAUGAUCAUUUUACUUCUUGAACGUAGCGACAUCAAAAGACCGUGAUUAUUUCCUUACGUACCUGUUCUCCUCUAAAGCCUCAAAGUCUUGGUAAUGACAACUUUCUACCAGAAACAUCCAGGCUUUAUGAACUUUGCUGUCCUCGUACAAAGUACAGACUGCGCAAGGUUUCUGUGAUCCCAGAGGGAAUUAAAGUUCUAGAUAUUCAUAUGUAAUAAAGAUUUUGAGUUAUUUAAAGCAUUUUAAUAUUAAGCUGAGACAGAAAUGUGGUUUUGGAGUGUGUGAAUUUCAGAAGGAUACAAGUGACACUUUAAUGUUCAAAAAAUGCUAAUACAACACUCUGUUUUCAUCUUGAAGUUCUGUUUAAUAUAUUUCUAUUCCUGCAAAAAGCUCUGUUGUUCCUGCUGCGGGAGCUGCUGGUGGCUGCUCCAGCUCACUGAAUGCACCAAUAAAUGAAGAGAUGCAAAUAUGAAAACUGA